AUGUCGCCCAUUGCUCCUGGCCAGCUUCCAGCCGAGCUCGUCAACCUUCUCGCACUCCACUCGUCCUUUCUGACUGCCCUCUCACUGCAUUACGCGCACAACGGAAUCUCGACACCCGCAGAUCUCCAGGCUUUGACUGCGUCUACAACUCUGGUAUGGCGCCAGCGCAAGGUCACUUACGAUGACGUCCGGCUGCUCAUCGGAAUCCUCGACCAAGGCCCUUCUGGCGCCAACAACCCCUACUACCUAUCCGACUAUGGCCAUGGCAAGAUUUGCAUUGAGAUCAAGGAGAGCAGCCCGAUGAUGAACGGAAUGACGCACAUGAACGAACAAGGCCUGCAAGAAAUGUUCAAGGAGGGCCUAGACACAUUGUGGUCGCAAUGGUGUGCAUCGCAGAAGAUGCCGACUCGACCUAUUGCCGUACCCAAACGCGGACGGGGACGCCCAAAGAAGACCGAUGUCAAGCAAGCAACCAUGGAGACUUUCCUCGACGACGCUUCCAUCUCAAAGUUCCUCAGCCAACUUCCCCUUGCCGAGAUCACCACAUGCGAAUCACUUGUCGCGCUUGCACCAUCACAAGAAAAAGGACGCAAGAGAUUGAGAGAGUUCAAGGAAAGUGUUCAGCAAGGGCGUGCACAAAAGAAGACAAGGCCAGCAACGGACAAAGAAAACGAGUCUACCACAUGCCAAACACAACAGACUCAACCUGCACAACCCAAGAUCACCGAAUUCGCUGCUGUUCGCAAAACCAAUCUUCUCGACCGCAUCCUCGCCAAACAAGAAGCCGCCAAAGCUGGACCCGCCGCCCCUAGUCCUGCCGAGCUUCAACGAAGAGCAGCACUCCAACGUACUCCAGAAGUCAUUGGCGUUCUCUCCCUCCUUUGUGCCAGCAAACCUGGAUCUCGUGUUUCUUUCUCUACUACUGCUCUUGUACAGGCCCUGCAAGGCUCCAUCCGAACUCCCAUCUCAAAAGACGAGGCAAUGAAGUGUGUGGAAGUGCUGGCGAACGAGGUUGCACCAGGAUACGUCUCCCUUGUCAGCAUGGGAGCCAUGUCUAGUGUGGUUAUCAACCAGAUGAUGAGGCCAACGGACAUCAAGAGCAGGCUUAUAGCGCUGGGCGCAUAA